CGAUCAACAGAAAAAAAGGGUAUAAAUUGAAACCGAAGUCAUUAACUAAAAAAUAAAGCCACUACUGAUACAUAAAUACUUUUAUAUAUUAAAAAUGAUGUCAUCCAUACCGUAUCUAAUGAAAAGUCCUUUCCAUGGAAAAAUUGAAGAGAUCCGGGGCGUGUAUGUUGAUAACUUCGACAUUGCUGAACGUCGAGACGCUAGAGCUUACUUCCUGAGCCAUUAUAACUCAGACCACAUACAAAGGCUACAUUCAGCUCAGCUAUUAGACGUUUUAUUGAAGAAAAACAUCACAAUAUAUACGACCGAGCUGACAGCAGCUAUUAUAAAUGACGACAAACAUGAUGAGAGAAUUAUGAAAUGCGUUCGAGCUCUAAAAAUGGGCUCGACACAAAUAUCAUUGCCUGGUUUGCCUGAACGAGACAUACCGGAAUUGUGUCUCACUGUCACAUUGAUACCAGCCAGUCACAGCGCUGCAUCAACAAUGUUUUUAUUCUCAACAACGACACAUAACAUUCUGUUUAUCGGAGAAUACCAUAUCAAUCGUAAAGACUUGCCAAGCUUCAAGCAUCUGCAUGUUGACGAUAAACCCAUAAAAUUGGAUGCGAUGUACGUUGACACAACCAUGCAGCAUUUGGAUUGCGAAAACUUCACGAAGCGAUCUAACGGUGUACAAAGAAUGAUAUUUGAAAUUAGAUGUUGGUUGAACUGGAAUGAGAAUAAUGCAAUUGCAAUACACACAUCUGAUAAAUAUGAUUAUGAAUUUGUCUUUAAUGAGAUAUACAAACAAUUAAACAUGAAAGUAUUCGUGCAUUCGGAAAGAUGGAGUUUUUACAGUUCAAUACAGGAAUUAGUGCCCGGGGUGACAAAUAACGAAGAAUCUACUAGAAUACAUUUAUGUAGAAACAGAAGCGAGGAUAGUUCACACACCUCAUGCGUACAGAAAUGUCAUAAUAAUUACUUACUUGUAGAUGUAUUCCCUAUGCCAUGGCAGAAUUACAAAGAUGGAAAAUGCUCAGUUUCGCGCGUGACCCAGGAGCAGCGGCUGGACGUGUGUUUCGCUACUCAUUGUACUUUAAGAGAGAUAGAUUAUUUUGUUGAUUAUUUUGCACCGAAUAGAAUAAUUGGUUAUCCUCAUGAAUAUGCAGGAAAGCUUGAAAGAAAUGAGCUCUGUUAUUAUAGUAGAAUUGGCAAAAAAAGAGUUAAGAUACCUAAAAGAGUCGAUGAUGAUUUGAAGAAAUUGAUGUUUGGAUAAAUAAAAAUGAUGCUGUUUUGUAAUUAAGAACAAGGUGACAUAUUUGUUAUAUAGAUGAACAAGUUCUUCAACAUAUGCAGCAUCGUAAAGUCUAUUCCAACUGAAGGAGUAAAGACAAAUAAAUUUUGAUAUGACAACAUUGGUCGAGAUUUUUUAAAGUCGUAUAUUAUACCAUGAUUUUUUUUGUUUAUAUUUUAAAGUACAUAAUGCAUAUUUGAAUUAUACAU